UCACCUCUAACUGGAAGGCUUUGCAGCCCUGGUAUAAACUAAACAUAGUUGUUGUUUUUCCGUUUGCCUUACCCAAAUUAUUGUAAAAUGGAAGAGAACGAGAGCACAUCGGAUGCUAAGAAUGACGUCUCGAAUGGCGAUGAUGACGCGACAUACCAGCGUAAAUUGGAGCUGCUCCAAACAGAUAUGCGCAAAAUGCAGAACGAGUUCAAUACGCAGCGGGCGAAAAUGAAGGAGCUCUAUAUGCAGAAGGAGGCGGAGAGGAAGCAGCUGCAAGAGGAAUUGGAUGAGCUCAAGACACACGUAAUGGUCGCUGACCUAAAAUCCGAGAACGAAAUGCAGCUAAAGGAUAUUAGAGCUCAGGAGGAGAUAUCCUCGUUGCAGCAGCUCGUGCAGGAUACAAUUGAGGAGUCGGCCACGUACAAAGCGGAAUUGGAGCGCGUCAAACUGGAGCAGCUACGCCAGCAACAGCAGCAGCUUCAUCAGAUGCAGAUGCAGCAACCAGCUGAGCAAUCUGGCGGUUUGGCGCCACAUGUCUUGAAUCAGGUGAAGAAGACGCUGGGAUCCGUUCGGAAGCUGGGCAGCGAUUCGUUGAACAACAGCUUUCAGCAGGAGUCUCCUGAAGGAAGUUUGCGCGGCAUAGCCAAGAAUAAUGUCAAACAAUAUGCUGCCGAGGAUGCUGAAAUGAUGCACUCAAUAGUCGAGCAACUGCAGGAGGAAAUGAAGGCCCUCAAGGAAAAGUUGCGCGAAACAGACGAGCAGUUGCAGGCCAAAUCCGUCAUGGCAGAUCACAAUCAGGAGGCAACCUCAACAAAAAACGAGGAUGGAGAUGCCAUACACAAGUCGACGUCUACUGAUUUGAUAGUAUCCACUUGCAGUUCCUGUAGCACAUUGGAACAGCAUUCAGAAGAGCUGAGUGAACGUGUCAAACAGCAGAAAAAACAGCUGGAUGCCAUACAGAAACAACUUGUUGAAUCACGGGAGCAAUUAAGCAAGGAGGCAGCACUGCGAAAUGAUCUGGAGAAUCAGUGGCAAGCGAAACGGGAGGCCCACAAGAGCGAAGUACAAAACCUGCGCGAGCAGAGCAAAAAUAACGAGUAUCAACUUUUAAACAUGCAACAAAAGUUCCUCGAGACCAAGGAGGAGGUCAUGCGGCAAUUGCAGCGUGUAACCGAUGACCGGGAACGGGUCAACCAGCAACUAGAGACACUGCAAGCUGAUAACGAUUUCCUGUCCGGUCGCUAUCUGGCGACAUCGGAAGAAAUCGAGAAUCAGUACAUAAAUCUUCCCAACACUGUUGUUGAGCUGCAGGAGCUAAUGCUGCGCCAGCAGAGCGAGCUGAUACAGGCUCGCGUGAGUAGCGAAUACGAGAAACAGAAGUGUGUCAGCUCGCUGGAUGAGAUUCAAAUACUCCGCUCCCAGCUCGAGCAAAGCAACAACGAGAGACGGGCCUACAAGAGCAAAGUGCAAUUAGAUAUUAAGUCGCUGCAAGAUCGUGUUACGGAACACCUGGUCGCCGUACAAUCGCAUGAAUCAUCUAAAACAUUAUUGGAGCGCAAGGAAGCUGAUCUGAACAAACAGCUGUCCGAGUGCCGUGUUGAGAUUAUAGAACUACAGGAUGCCAACGAGAAACUAGGAAAAACCAAUUCAGACUACAAGUCCAAAAUCAAGACACUUCAGGAGGAGUUGUCCACAAUGGAAACGGUGCAAAAAGAUUUCGUUAAAUUAUCGCAAACGCUUCAGAUGUCCUUGGAGGAGCUGCGUCAUGCCGACACCGAUGUGCGCUGGCAGGAUGACGAUGAUGUAAACAACUGCCCCACGUGUAAUGCAUACUUUACGGUAAUGGUGCGGAAAAUCCAUUGUCGGCACUGCGGACACAUCUACUGCGAUAAGUGUCUAACGAAAACGGUGCCAUCGGGACCACGGAAACGUGUAGCCCGGGUUUGUGAUAUCUGUCACACGUUGCUCACGCCAAACACCGCUCCCUACUUUAGUCACGAGCCGCCGCAGUCAAACUAGUCGGUUCCCCGCUCGCCCUAAUGCGGUGCGUCACUAUUUAUUUUGUUCUUUCGUAUAUGUACUGUGUACUUUUGUGUACUAUAAUUAAUCUUUUGAUUUCGAUUAUUUGUUUUCCCUUGACACACUGAACAGAGUCAUAUCCAGAUGCAAAUAUGCGUUAAAAUUGCAAUUUAUGUAAAGAUGUAACGAUGUAACUCAGUCAUCUAGUUUUAUUAUAUCCCUUUUUUAUGUGUCGUGUUAGCUCUUUUUUGUAGAUUGGUAGGUAAGUUCCCAUUAUUGAAUUUAGCGCAAGCAAAGCAAAAAUACUUAUAUUUAAAAAAUUGAAUAAUAGUUGUGUGCACUCGA